AUGGAGAAACAGAGGAAGGAGUACGAGGAGCUGAAGCAGAAGCUGAAGCAGGCCCUGCACGAGAAGAAGGUGCAGGAGCAGGAGUGGGACCAGAUACAGCAGGAGAUCUUCGACAAGGAGACCGAGUACCUGUCCGGCAACGCGUCGAGCAAGUACGGCACGAUCGUGAAGGGGUUCGACGGGUUCGGCAAGCACGCGUCGCAGGACAGCCACCACUUCCAGGACCAGGACCGCAUCUUCUCGCUCAGCAGCGCGCUGUUCGUCAAGCAGCAGGAGGGCGUGCAGGACGAGGAGUAG